GUAUACCCCGCGCAACCUAUGAUACCCCUCCACACCAGCCACACCCAUCAACUUCGACUUUCCUCGUUCCCCACGACUUCAUGACCUAGAGAUACCAACUUUGAGAGCUUGCGCACAUCUUCAAUUUACAUAACCCCUUCGUUCAACGUCCCCCUCACCGUAAUCAUGGGGCUCAUGACCACCAGCGACCAUGGCCACAAGAAGGAGGAGAGCGGCAGCGGUGGCGGCUUCAUGGAUAAGCUGAAGAAGCCAUUCCGCGAGCUAGAGGACAAGCUUGAGGGCACCCAUCUCCAUGACGCAAAAGUUCACUUGGUGCACAAGAAGCACCAGAUUGGCAAGCUGGCCAACCUAUUCAACGCCAACCAUCGCCACGACGAGGAGCACGAAAAGGCCACCGACGACAAGCGGACAAAGAUCGGAGAGGAGCACCGCUUCAAGUCCUUCUUCCCAGAGCGCGAUGGCAACCUGAUCAAGUGGUAUGUCGACGGCCGCGACUACUUUUGGGCCGUCUCCGAGGCUCUCGAGGCUGCCAAGGAAACCAUCUAUAUUUGCGACUGGUGGUUGUCCCCCGAGCUGUUCCUGCGUCGCCCCCCUCACCACAACAAAGAAUGGAGACUGGACCAGGUUCUGAAGCGCCGCGCCGAGGCCGGUGUCCAGAUUCACAUCAUUGUCUACCGCGAAGUCGAGGCUGCCUUGACGUGCAACUCCGCCCACACAAAGCACGCGCUGCAGGCUCUGUGUCCCGAGGGCUCACCCGGCUACGGCAACAUCAAGAUCAUGCGCCACCCCGAUCACAAUGUCCUGUCCAACGGCGCCGACAUGACCUUUUACUGGGCCCAUCAUGAAAAGUUCAUCGUCAUUGACUAUGCCAUGGCCUUCAUCGGAGGUUUGGAUCUGUGCUUCGGUCGGUGGGACAGCCACACCCACCCUCUCGCCGACGCGCAUCCCGAGGGCGUCCAGAACGAGGUCUGGCCCGGACAGGAUUUCAACAACAACAGAAUCAUGGAUUUCCAAAACGUUCAGGACUGGAAGCAGAACGAGCUGAGCAAGGCCGAGUACGGUCGCAUGCCUUGGCACGACGUAUCCAUGGGCGUCGUCGGUCCCGCCGUCUAUGACAUUGCCGAGCACUUUGUCCUGCGCUGGAACUUUGUCAAGCGCGACAAGUACAAGCGCGACGAGCGCUUCGACUGGAUCCAGCUGCGCGGCCGCCUGGCCGAAGACGAGGACCUCGUGGGAGUCCAACGGCCCAAGCAUCCCGUCGGAGAGUACCUCACCCACCCUCUGGACGAGCGAAGCCUGUCAAACCUGGAGAACAAGGGCACCAUGCACGCCCAGAUCGUGCGGUCCAGCGCCGACUGGUCCAGCGGUAUCCUGACCGACCACUCGAUCCAGAACGCCUACUGUGAGAUUAUCGGCAAAGCCGAGCACUUUGUCUACAUUGAGAAUCAGUUCUUCAUCACCGCUACCGGCGACCAGCAGGCACCGAUCCACAACAGGAUCGGCCGUGCCAUUGUCGACGCCGUCGUGAGGGCUGGCAAGGAGGGCCGCAAGUUCCGCGUCAUCGUCCUCAUCCCUGCCAUCCCCGGUUUCGCCGGUGACCUCCGAGAUGAUGCGGCCACGGGUACCCGUGCCAUCAUGGAUUACCAGUACAAGUCAAUCUGCCGCGGCGAGCACUCCAUCUUCGAGCAGGUCAAGAAGGAGGGCAUCGACCCCAGAAACCACAUCUUCUUCUUCAACCUGCGAUCCUACGACCGUCUCAACCGCACAUCCGCCGUUGAGAAGAGAGAAAAGGACACGGGCGUCAAAUACGCCGAAGUACAGCGCGCGCAAGCCGAAGAAGUCAUGGGCACAGGCAUCCACGGCAUCAACGACCCCACCGAGAAGGAACGCGACGAACACAUGGGCGGCAAAGCCGAGCAAGUCGGCGGCGGCAAGACCGACGAGGCCCAAAACGCAAUCGACGCCAAGAAGCGCUUCGAAGCCAGCCUCGGCGACACGCAACUCAACAACAAGACCUCGGUCGCGCAGCACGCCAUGGCUAAUUCUGGAUCCAUCGAAGACGAGCCGUGGGAGGACGAGGACCCGGAGACGGAGAUCCGCAACUGGAUCCAGGAGGAGUUGUAUAUCCACUCCAAGCUGUUGAUCGUCGACGACCGCAUCGUCGUCUGCGGCUCCAGCAACCUCAACGACCGCAGCCAGCUGGGAUACCACGACAGCGAGCUGAGUAUCGUCAUGGAGGAUACGAAACGCGUGCCGAGCACCAUGGACGGGCAGCCGUACGAGGCCGGGUGGCAUGCCACCUCGCUGCGCCGGUACCUGUGGCGCGAGCACCUUGGCCUCCUGCCCGCGCAGGAGCUGGAUGGUUCCGACGACCCCAACGCGCGUCCGCCGGGCGUCGCGGAGAACGACCCGUGGGACCGCGACGAUACGUGGAAGUUUGUUGAGGAUCCCAUGAACGACGAACUUUGGGAGAUGUGGACGGGUAAUGCUACGCGGAACACGGAUUUGUACCGUCACCUGUUCCACGCUGAUCCCGAUGACCACAUCAAAACCUUUGAUGACUACGACAGAUACCUGCCGCCAAAGGGCGUCAGGGCAGGCCACAUUUUCGACCAGUUCAUGCCCGCGGCGGACGCGCGGCAAAAGAUUGACCAGAUCAAGGGCCACCUUGUCUGGUUCCCGCUCGACUUUUUGCGGGACGCCGAGAUGGCGGAGAAGGGACUCCAGGUGAACCAGAUCACCGAGAGUAUCUACACCUAAUGAAUCGGGGCGGUUGUUGUUUUGGGUUUUUUCCCAUCAGGAUAAGAUGGAGUGACGAAGAAGGGAGGAAUGCAGAUGGACUUUGGAAAACACCCCUAUGAAUAACGUGAAUUAAUGUAUUAAUACCAAAAACGGCCAUUUUGGCUCUCGUGCUUACUGUUUUAAUGUGGGCAUAUGAAUGAUAUCUUUUUUUUUUA